AAUAAAUAAAACACAUUGUAUAAAGAAAUAGCCUAUUUACGUCGCACUUAGGACAACAAUAUAUAUCCAAGUUUAAUGAUCAUAAUAAGCGUAAAAUUAUAAAAAUGUUAAGAAAAUUUAGUAAUCUGUUACAAAUUUUUGUUCCUGGUCAAAAAGUAAGCAAGCGAUAUCUAAAUUUUAUACCUGUUGUUGUAGAACAAAGUGGAAGAGGAGAACGUGCAUAUGACAUUUACUCGCGUCUUUUAAAAGAAAGAAUUAUUUGUUUAAUGGGCCCGAUCACAGAUAAUGUAUCUUCAGUAGUGAUAGCUCAACUUCUAUUUCUUCAAUCAGAAAAUAGUAAAAAUCCAAUUCAUAUGUAUAUUAACUCACCUGGUGGAAGUGUCACAGCUGGACUUGGUAUAUAUGAUACCAUGCAAUAUGUUCUACCUCCUGUUGCAACAUGGUGUGUAGGACAAGCAUGCUCAAUGGCAAGUUUAUUAUUGGCAGCAGGAACAAAGGGUAUGCGCCAUUCAUUGCCUAAUGCAAGAAUUAUGACACAUCAGCCAUCAGGAGGUGUAUCUGGUCAAGCUACUGACAUACAGAUACAAGCUCUAGAAAUAUUAAAGCUUAAAAAGCAAAUUAAUAAUUUAUAUGUAAAACAUACAGGUUUAGAUCUGGAAAAAAUAGAACGAUGUAUGGAAAGGGAUAAUUUCAUGAGUCCUAAAGAAGCAAAAGAAUUUGGAAUUAUAGAUAAAGUACUAUCACAUCCAAUGCAAGAAGAUGAACCAGAUAGCACAAAAAUGCCUAAAGCUGUUCUUGAAAUUUCCACUCAACCUUAAUUAGGAUUAAAUAAAAUAUGCUUAAAAUUAUGAAAUUUUAUUAAAACAUGUAUUUAUCAAUAUUUAAAAAUAGUAAUAAAAUAUUUUUAAAACAA